AAGACUGAGCAAUCUAUGGUUGUGAAAGUGGACGUAUCCUCUGGCAACCAUAUGAGCUUUGAGACCACGGCACUCACUUUCUUCAUCAUCCUUCUAAUUUGCCUCAUUUGCAUUCUCCUUUUAUUGGUGGUCUUUUUAUAUAAAUGUUUUCAAGGCAAGAAAGAAGAAGAGACAGAAAAAGUUCCUUGUGUAGAUGGCAAUGGUGGUGAAGAUUGUUCGCCUGCUAAUGUGGAGAAGGAUAAUCCAGGAGGCCAAGAAAAGGUCAUAAUGGAAAUCAUGGGCAUGAAUGCACCAGUGAGGCCUGGCAUUCUUGUCCAGAGACGGAGUAAGGAAGUGGUGACCACAUCCUUAGAAAACAGAGAGGACAUGGAGGCAGAGGAGGUAGACAAAAUGAAAAAGAAGCAAGUGCCUGGGGAUGCAGGAGAAACUGACCAAGAGGGUGAAAAUUUGAAGAAAACACCCAUACCUCUCAAUAGAGUUUCUUCAGGUGUUGAAAAAAGACCUUUAAAAGGAGUGACAUUUUCUAGGGAGGUAAUUGUUGUGGAUCUUGGUAAUGAAUACCCUGCACCUCGAAGUUACACUCGAGAACAUAAAGAGAGAAAAUGAAGCUCAAAAAAGGCUGAGAAUGAAAAAACAUAAUCUUUGACUAACAUGAAAUGACUGAGGGUACCAAGUCAUGUUGAAACAACAAAAUAAUGGGAAUUAAGCAAAUACAGAUAUUAUUUUACCUUUGUGUAAAAAGAAAUGAACCACGUGCAGAAUUCUGUAAGUGAAAUACUCAGAACUUGAAUAUAAUUUUCCAAAAACUCAACUCUGAGUUCAAUAAACUAAUUGUAUUAAGCAUUCUUAAAACUGUGCCUAC